CUUGCUUCAAGAUAUGCUAUCAGUCUCAUCAAAGCUGAAGUGAGAGCUACUCGAGAUGACCUUCCUCUAACUUCGACACGUUCGAUGCCUUGACGCAUGCCACAACGAGACCUGAACGCAGCCGUCGGCCGCAGCCGCUCAUUUGGCGGCUGUGCAACCUGCAGAACAAGACACACAAAGUGCGAUGAAGGCCGACCGUCUUGUACCACUUGCCGCAAUGCAAGCUUGCGAUGUGGGGGCUAUGACAUCAGCAUCUUCUUCGAUUUCGAGGUUGCCGCGAACCCCAGCAUAUCUCGAUUCCGGAGGCCUUUACUCACUGAAGAAGAGCGGGAAAGCAUGAGCGAAUGGCUGAUAGCGGCUGUAACGCCGAAAGCAGUUAUGCAGCAGCUCAACCAGAUCGAUGAGGCAUGCGAGGCCGCAUCACAAUCUGCCAAUGUAGACAUCUCCCAAGGCCCAUUCGGAGUGUUCAAAUCAGCCACUAUCACGAUGCCUACGAGCGACGACUUUCCGGACUGGAUUCUUGACGUGAAUCCCUCGCAGGAUAUCGACCAAGUCGAAAUGGACGCACUUGCUUUUUCUAACGACCCUAUGACGCCGCGAACCACGUCGCUUCUGCACUCUCUGAUCGAACUUCCAGGUGGGGAUCUAAAUUCACUGACCCUGCCGAUGUGGAGUAACGUCGACGAUUCUGAUCGUAUUCAGGAGGUAUUUGAUGAUGGCGACAUCAUUGUCAAUCUUCCCCACUUCCAAUCAGUGCAGACCCUCCCUGGUACAGGACAUGGUCUCCCACUCAGUGCUUCAACGUAUGACCCACGACUCGGACAAACUAGCUCACUGAGACCUUUGUCGGUAUCGUAUGUCGAGAGCGACGUACCUCACGAUGCGGUGCAUCUGAUCAAGCACUAUUCUACCACAGUGCUCACCCUUCUCACGCCCUUCCGACAUAGCAAGACGCCGUGGCACGUGCUCUUUGUACCACAUGUGAAGAGCUGUCUAGCAGCGCUCACACUUGGUGAGAGCCUGAAUCAUGCCAGCCUCUGCGCGUUCUACGCCACGAUGUCGAUCAGCGCCUUCAGCCUAGGUGGCACAACCCAAUCUUCUUCUUGGGUUGAACAAGGCGAUGCGUACCUCAAUAUCGCCCGCGAGCAUGUCCGACUAAUGCUUCGGACAGCCUACGAUCACCCAAAGCCUGCUAAGUACAAGCAUAUUCUGAUCGCUUUGCUCAGCAUGGUACAAGUGGCUCUUGUUAUUGGCAAGCGCGACCAGGCCGAAUGCUAUUUUAUUGAAGCAGAAAAAUUUAUCCGGGUAAAGGGCCUCAAUCGCAAGAAGUCACGAAAAGUUCGCCUGCUACAUCACUGCUACGUGUUUGAAAGGAUGUUUCACGAGAGUGUAUACCUUGCCGGUACGAACUCCGCUCAUCGAAGCCAUACUCGCAAAGCGAUUGAGUCAAGUGGCGCGAUAGCAUACAGUCACGACAGCCUAUCAUUCCAUCUUGGAGAUCUGAACGACCUCGAGAGUCGAAUGCAGCGAGUCAAAUGCCGCGAGGAAGGCGAGAAUGAUUUGCACCUCCAAAAUCCGGGCCUUUGGCCCAAGACGUUGUAUCCGGAGAUCUUUGGUGUGCCUGAGACCUACAUUUUCGCGUUGUCACUGGUAAUCAGACUUGGUCAAUGGCGAGAUGAAGCUAGGCAUCAAGAUGUUGCUGAUGCUCUGUCCUUGAAGGAGUUCUUAAAUCGUGCAAAAACCGUGGAGCGGUAUGUCAAGCAACUGUAUCGACCACACCAAAAAUUGGACGCUUUCUCGAUGGACGCAUCUGGAGUCGCAGAGCCAAUGCUUGAUGAUUUACUUCAGGCGAUGCAACAUGCCUUGACGAUUUACUUUUAUCGAAGGAUCUAUGACGUAGAAGCAGAUAUGUUGCAGGCUCACAUUGUCGGCAUUCGCGAUUGUCUUCUUCGCUCAGGUGUUACAGAAGGUGGCGCUACUUAUGGAUCCGCCAGGCUGCUUUGGCCAGCUUUCAUCGCGGCGUGCGAGGCUGAAGACCCCACAGUACAGGCUUCGUUCGCACGGUGGUUCCAAGGCUCAGCGGCCCGAAGCGGACUACCCUACUUCGACAAUGCGAAAACGACCAUCGAACACGUAUGGGAACAAAAACGCAAUACUCGUGGAUCACAGACCACAUGGGUGGACCUCAUGCGCAACGAAUGCGCUCCGCACGAUUCUAGCUAG